AAGACUCUAAACUCCAAAAGAAACACCUCGCCUUACAGAGAUCUGCAAGUUACUGGCAAUGCUGAGCAGCCGCAUGGCACUACGUCGGCUACAGAGGAUUGCUGUUGCUCCUUUGAGUUUUACCAGUGGUGCAACAACUAAAGUACAGAGGGACAUGUCAACCCUUCCACGGGUUUAUGUUACUAGGCAGAUCCCAUCUGAAGGCCUGAAGAUCCUCCAGGAUUCUGGACAGGUGCAGUUUGAACUGUGGGACUCAGAUGACGUCCCUGUGCCGAGGAAAGAGCUGCUUCAGAAAGUGAAAGGAGUGGAUGGUCUCCUCUGCGUGCUGACUGAAAAGAUUGAUGCAGAAUUGUUGGAUGCUGCAGGUUCAAACCUGAAGGUCGUCAGUACUAUGUCAGUGGGGUUUGAUCAUCUAUCUUUGGAGGAGCUGAAGAAAAGAGGAAUCCGUGUAGGUUACACCCCUGAAGUCCUGACAGAUGCAGUUGCAGAGUUAACUGUAGCUCUGCUGCUUGCAACAUCCAGGAGACUCAUAGAGGCAACUCAUGAAGCGAAGACCGGCGGCUGGGGCACAUGGAGAACUCUGUGGCUGUGUGGAUACGAGCUGGCCAACAGCACUGUGGGAAUUCUUGGUCUUGGAAGAAUAGGUGUGGCUAUUGCAGAGCGGCUGGCACCUUUCAAAGUGAAAAAGUUCAUCUACACAGAUGUGGCUCCGAGACCUGAGUUGGCCAAGGCCAUCAAUGCUGAAUAUGUCACACUGGAUGAGCUGGCAAAGCAGUCAGAUUUCUUGUCGGUAUGCUGUGCUCUAACACCGGAGACCAAAGAGAUCUGCAACAAGAACCUUUUCUCAAAAAUGAAAAAUACCUCCAUCUUCAUCAACACCAGCAGAGGAGGGGUGGUAAAUCAAGAGGACUUGUAUGAAGCGCUGUCCACUGGGCAGAUAGCCGGAGCUGGAUUAGACGUCACCGUCCCUGAGCCCCUGCCCACCAGCCACCCACUCUUUACUCUCAAAAACUGCGUGAUUCUUCCACACAUUGCAAGUGCGUCCUACAGCACCCGUAACGCCAUGUCUGCCCUGGCAGCGAACAACCUCCUGCUUGGCCUGCGGAGCCAGCCAAUGAUCAAAGAGCUGAAGCUGUGAGGACAGACUUGCUCCAGAGGAUCUCAGUUUUGGCAAACUUCAAUUUUUCCAUUGAAAUAUUUCCGCUGUUUAGUUUGUUUUAUUGCAUUCUUCUCUUUUGUGUAAGAAAUAUUUAACUCAACUGUCAUAAAUCCUGAAACUGAAACAACACAACCCAGAGUAUGGCUUCCCGUUCGACUGCACAGAUAAAUGCACUGCAUCUUUGUUUAUUUACAUCAACUUGGAUCAGCUCUCCUUUAGCUCUCCCAAAGUGGGGAUCAGGACCCCACUUAGGGUCAUGAAUCAAUAAGUCUGGAGCCAAAGAGAUCAUGUGACAAAACGUCUUGCAAAGAAUUGUAAACAAAUUUCCAGUUUUGUGCAAAGCUAAAAAAAAUUAAGCAGGUUUCAAACCUUGAUAUCAGAGGGUCUAAAUGCCAGAAAAGCAGUGAAAUGAGUGUGGAUUUAUCUUUCAGUAUCUACAAAAUACAAAUAAUUGCUAAAUUUAGACAAAUACUAAAGUUGUGAUUAAAGAAGUGGAUGUUUAAGCAAAUAAAUGUAAAAAGGCUGUUUCAGAAAUUCUUUGUUUAUCCUCUGAAUCCAAAUGAGACUUUUCCAGGUUUGCUCAGAAUUUCUGGAAUGAGUUCAUAUCUGUUAAGUUUAACUACAGAAUAUUAAACAAGAAUUUCACCAAAAAAUG